AUGGGCUUUGAUACUAUCAACUACUCGCAUCCCAGAACCUGCGGUCAGGGAAGUCGCUGCUGUCGUGUUUGCUCCAAUAGACAUGGGCUCAUCCGCAAAUACGGUCUGAACAUGUGUCGUCAAUGCUUCAGACAAUAUUGUGCACUCAUUGGUUUCAAAAAGCUUGACUAA